AUUACAGAAGAGAAUAUUCAAUGUGAUAGUACGGACAAGAAAAUCGAUAUAUUGUCUGAAAUGGUGAAACAUCAACAAGGACAAAUAAAACUGCGGGCCGACCAAAUAGCCAAUCAGACUGUUCUGAUUCGGCAGCUUGUUUCAGAAAAAAAGGAUUCCGAGGAGGUAUUGCAAAAAUUUCCACUUGAGAAUGAGGAGGAUUUGUUGAGCCUGGAGGAAGCCAUUGGCCCAGAAACACGUCAAAAAUAUGUAACAGCAAUGAAGUCAAUCCUGGCCCCGAUUGGAAUAAAGAAAGGACUACCACGGAUUUUGUUCGACUGGCGUAAAGCAAAAAAAGGGAUUUUUGUCUUUGCCCAAAUUUUACCGUGCGCUUCUUGACUCCAUUCCGGACUCAGCUAGUGGCGAUGUGGAGGAGGAGCUACGCCUUGCCCUUUUAGCUAUAAAAAAAAACUUACACAAAAAAAUUCUUUGAAGCGAA